GUUGUAGCUGAUUUGGUUACGGUUUUAUCAAGGCGCGUGUGUGCGGGAGGAGCGAUCCAUUCCUGAGCGGUACCAUGAAAGCUUUCAGUCCAGUAAGGUCUGUGCGGAAAAGCAGCCUCACCGAGCACAGCCUGGGUAUUGCCCGGAGUAAAGCGCCAGUGGAUGAGCCGAUGAGUCUCCUGUAUAAUAUGAACGAUUGUUACUCGAAACUCAAGGAGCUCGUGCCCAGUAUCCCCCCCAACAAGAAGGUCAGCAAGAUGGAGAUCCUCCAGCACGUCAUCGACUAUAUCCUGGACCUACAGCUCACACUCGACUCCCACCCCACGCUUGUCUCUCUCCAUCAUCAUCAUCUCUCCCGAGUGGGAGGAAACACGUCCCGGACCCCCCUGACCGCCCUAAACACAGACAUCAGCAUCCUGUCCCUGCAGGCGGUUGAGUUGUCAUCAGAAUUCACAGACGAGAGCAAAUCCCUUUGUCCUUAAAAUGGUGUUCAGCCUGACUGUUUCCCUUUGCACAUGACGGAUACAAGACUUGAUUAUUAUGUGAGAGCUGCAGUUGGACAGACGGCUCCUGGGAGACACAGGGGAGGGGCCACACACUCAACAGGAAUUAAAGAGACUUCUCCAGAUUUAAAUAUAUAUAUCCCCCCCCUUGUUCUCCAAUCAAGCUUCUCGGACUGCUUUUUAGUUAUUUAUGAAGAAGAGACUUAAUGUUAUAAAUGACCUUUUCUUACACGGGAAGGAUUGCGCUACAAUUAUCCCCUGCCUAUGGGGAGUGCUCGUUUUAAUAAAAAGAAAAAAAACGAAUGUCGCCGACCGCAUUCGACUCUUUUGGCGAUAAAAGGGGACUAACUGCUCCAGGCACGAAGAGGAAAAUUGGGAAAUGAUUUCAAGUUUUGCUCAAGAUUAUUAACCAGAAAAGCUUGGAACAUAUUCCACCCCCCUCCCCCUGGACUGAAUGCUCCUGUUGUACAUAGAUCCCAUUGCUUUAACUCUUUAUUUGGAGUUAUUUUGUCCUCCGACCCCACGACCCCCUUGUACAGUGGCAGAGAUGGUGCUAUUUCUGCACAUGUGUAAUGAUUGAAUCACACUAGACUUUUUAUAAAAGUUUGGUUGUAAAAGCUUUUUUUUUUUUUUAUACAGAAUAAAUCGAUUGUGUUUAUGGAAA